GUAUAAAUACUAAUGGUCAGACAGAGAUAAGCAAAAUUAUUGUUUUCACUCCCCUUACAGCUUAAAAAAAUGCCACUUUUUGGCUGGAUGAAAUGGCCAAAAAAUGAUUCCUACAAACCCACAGGAUAUCCUGGAUCAGAAGUAGUUACAAAAACCCUACUGAGGGAAUUGAAAUGGCACCUGAAAGAGCGUGAAAGAUUAGUGCAAGAGAUUGAAAAUGAACAAAAAGUACAGAAGACUGGCAUGGAUUACAACUGGCUGAGGAACUACCAAAACCCUCAAGCAACAAUUCCAGCUACCGAGCAACGGCAGCUUGAAGUCCUGUGUUCACAAAUCCAGCCUUGCCAAACAGGAACUGUUCUCAGCAGAUUUCGUGAAGUUUUGGCAGAAAAUGAUGUUUUACCUUGGGAAAUAGUCUAUAUAUUCAAACAAGUUUUAAAAGAUUUUCUUACCACCAUUAAGAGAGAAAACCAACAAGACCAACUGGUAGAUGCAUGGAAUACAAAUUGCUCUGAACAUUUCAGCCUGCAGGGAGACAGUUCUAACAAAUCGGACAAAGAUGAAAUCCCCACGGUUUCAAGUUAUGUUGACAAAAACACACAAAGCAUGUUUCCCACCUUCUCUCACAGAAUCUGGAAUCUACCCUAUUACUACCCAUCAAGUUAAUUUGGUUUGUGUUUAUUUCAAAAAGCUAUAUAGCCAUUUGCACUCCUUUCCUGUCAUUACACCCAUAAACAUAGGAAUAAGAAAUGUGACAUGCUCCCUUUUUUUCCAAGUUCAGAAACUGAAAUGCUUGUUUAUAGCUAGUAUGCAAACUUUGUAUAUGAACUCUCUAACCUUUACAGUACCUUAAAGAUGUUGUGUUUGAAGGGACGUUUUAACCAAAAAUGUCGAUGUUUCUGAAAAAACCCUGAAGCAUUUUAAUUUCCUAGCUAGAUAUACAGCUAGACAUAUUUAAAUAAGAAGAGACUCCAUUCCAUAUUUAGAAAUAGCAUCAAAGUGUUAGGCAAAAACUUCUGUAUUUGUCACAUAGGUUUUAGGCUG